CAAUGGGAGACUCCCACAGGACAGACAGCACAAAGAUGAACGCAGGAAUAGCGGGUAUAAUUGUGGGUCUUCAGCUCUUUAUUCAGAUUGCAGCCACAGCCAAACUGGUAUGUUAUUUUACCAACUGGUCGCGAUACAGAACUGGUGUGGGGAAAUUCCUGCCAGAAAACAUAGACCCCUUCCUCUGUACCCACCUGGUUUAUGCCUUCGCCAUCAUCAACCAUGCUAAUGAGAUCACCGAGUAUGAGUGGAAUGAGAAAAGCCUCUAUAAAUCAUUCACUGAGCUCAAAAACAGAAACCCCAGGCUGAAGACUUUACUGUCUGUCAGAGAAGGGGACGAUGGAUCUCAGUUUUCCAUCAUGAUGUCCACUCAAGCCAACCGUCAGACAUUUAUCCAGUCUACUAUCAAAUUCCUGAGGACUCAUGGAUUUAAUGGUCUGGAUCUGGACUGGGAGUACCCUGGAUCUUAUGAACGUCCUCCAGAGGACAUACACAGGUUCACUCUGCUCUGCAAGGAGAUUUCAGAGGCCUAUGAAGCUGAGAGUAAAGGAAGCAGUAACACGCAGCUGUUCCUCUCUGCAGCCAUGGCAGCACAAACAGAUGCUACUGAUACACAAUACGAGCUCUCUGUGAUGUCAGAGUACCUGGACUUCAUCAGUGUUAAGACUUUCGAUGCCAGUGGUGGUCAAGAUAAAGUGACAGCCCACCACAGUUCACUCUACUCUGAAAACAAUGCUAACGUGGAUUAUGUUAUGCAGUUCUUGAUGAAGCAAGGAGCCCCAGCAGGAAAGUUAUUGCUGGGUUUUCCUUCUCAUGCUCGUUCCUUCACACUCUCCACCACAGCAACAGGCCUGGGAGCCCCAAUCAGUGGCCCUGCCAAUCCGGGGCCCUUCACCCAGCAGAUUGGUCUCUGGUCAUACUAUGAGACGUGCUCCUUCCUGAGAGGCACCUCAGUGCACUGGAUUGAUGGUCAGAAAGUUCCCUACGCUGUCAAAGGCAGUCAGUGGGUCGGCUUUGAUAACCAGAGGAGUUAUAAUGCCAAGGUGGACUAUCUGAAGAGCAAGCGGCUGGGAGGAGCUGCUGUGUGGACUCUGGAUAUGGAUGACUUUUCUGGACAGUUCUGUGAACAGGGCAAAUAUCCACUGAUAUCACAAUUAAAACAUAAACUCAGUGAAGACUGGACAACACAAGAAACAACUCCUGCAGUGCUUCACCCCACAGACUCCUCCUCUCCAUCUGAGGGCACACAGCCCACACAGGACCCAGUCAUCACAACCAAACUGGACACCAGCUGCUUUCAUAAUAUCACUGUUGUGUAUCCUGUCAGCAGCUUCUGCACACGCAGAGCUGAUGGAUUGUAUGUAAGAUCAGACAAUCCAAAGACAUUCUACAGAUGUGUGCUGAGGAAGACAUAUGUCACAAAGUGCCACACCCUGGGAACAGAACACAGCAGUGGAGUGACAAUAAUCCCAUCACAGAAUUUAGUUCUAGUUAGCUUUGUAACAGCCACUCUGCUCCUUUUGUUUAGUGUGUGGACUCCAGGGGAUUUUGCUUUGUACAGCCUUAGUGUACUGUAAAUAAAGCUCCUGGUUUGCUAUGAAAAAAAAACCUUUAAAGCUGGCAAACAGGACCAAAUACUUCUUUGACUUUGGGUAAGUCAAAGAAGUAUUUUUUAUACAACCCAGAGUUCAGAGACAUGUACACAGUAGCUGUCAUGAAUUGUCAUGAGAUUAUCACUGAGAGCUGUGAUUCAUGUAGGCCAGGGAUACUCUACUUGCUUUGCCUGGGGCCACCUCUGCAAAAUGACAGGAGGCCAGGGGGCAGUCACAGCAACCCGCAUAGGUCAAGCUUAGGCAGGGGCAUUUCUAAUAUUUGAGGUCAUUCAAGGUUUAGCCCAAACCUCUGUGGGAGGGUCCAGGGGGCUGAUAAGCUAGCUCUAUUGUGAUGCUUUUUAUGCACUCUCACUCACACCUUAUUUACAUUUACAGUACAAAAAAACUC